UGAGCGGCCCCUCGUCCGGGCCCGACCCGCCCCAGCGCCGCCGUCCCUCGCCGCAGGUGCCGCCGCCGCGUCCCGGGGAGAGGAACCGCCGCGGGGUCGGCCGGCGGCCGCCCAGGCCGGGGAGGAGCCGCCGGAGAAGCGAUGCAGGAAGCCAUUACCAUAACCGAGCAGCCAGUCUCUGUCUCUGUCCCGGUGGGAUAUUCCUUCACGCUGCGGUGCCGAGCCCAGGGACGUACCUCGCUGCAGUACCAGUGGUUUUGUCAGUACCAGUCUGACUGCCGCCUGAUUCCUGGGGCAACCAACCAAGACCUGCCCAUCAUUGCAGAGCAGACCCAGCUCUACACCUGCAGAGUCAAUGACCUCCACAGAAAUGCUGUCUUCUCUGACUGGGUGAAGGUAGAGGUCCAUCAGUGCGUUGCCAGAGGUCUGCCCCCUCGGCUGUGGCAAGGAGAGCCAGUCAUUGUCCUCAACCCCCGGGAGCAGCGGGUGGAGGUGGGGCAGCCGCUGCAGCUGCAGUGUGCUGCCAUGGGGGUCCCGGCCCCCAGCUACCAGUGGUACCGCAAUGGGAACCUGCUGGAGCAGCAGAAGAGAAAAAAGCUCUGGAUCACCCACACCAAGGUCAGUGACUCUGGCACGUACCUCUGCUGUGCCUCCAACAACCACGGAGAGCACUGGACCAACGCCGUGGACGUUCACGUCGGUACGUGUCCAGGCUCUGGAAAGUUUUUUGCUACAGGCAAAAUAGCACUUUUAGUGGGCAACAACCGUUACCAGCAUCACCCCAAUCUCAUGGCUCCUGUGAGGGAUGUGUUUGAGCUGAGACAUCUUCUGGAGCAUCUGGGCUUCCAGGUUGUCUCCCUGCUGGAUCUGAACAAGGCUGAGAUGGCGACAGCGGUCGCUCAGUUCCUGCAGCUCCUGGGCAAGGGAGUCUAUGCUAUAUUCUACUAUGCUGGGCAUGGCUACGAACAUCUGGGGAGGAACUACAUGGUCCCUGUGGAUGCUCCACAGCCCUAUGCCCCUGAGAACUGCAUCAGCGUGCAGAGGAUCCUCCAGAAGAUGCAGCAGCAGCAGACAGCCCUGAACAUCAUCCUGCUGGACACCUGCAGGAAAUGGUACAACCCAGGACGUGCCUUGUCCCAGGUGCAGCCCCUGGAGCCCUGGGGAAACACUGUCUAUGGCUAUUCCACGAGUGAAGAUGCAGAAGCCUAUGAAUUGCAGGAUGGGGAGUUCAGCUCUGGGAUCUUCAUGAAAUACCUGAAGAAACACAUUCUGCAAGAGAAAAAGGUUACACACAUGCUGGAGGAUGUGUUAGAAGACAUUGGCCGUGAUCCCCUGGUCACUGGGAAGCAGGUGAUGGAGAUCAAGCACACCCUGAAGGAAGCCCGGUCCCUGACGGACCCCAUCUGUCCCUCGGGAGCAGCCGCCGAGCACUGGGGACACGGCCAAGAGCUGCCGAGCAGAACGGUGACCUUCCCGUGCGGGGCGCGGGUGGAGCUCCGCUUCCUGCGGCUCUUCUCCAACCUGAUGUUCGUGUGUGCCAAGCCACAGCCCCCCCUGGCCCACAUCACUGAGCCCCAGCUCCUGCUCCGCCAGCUCGCUGAGGUGGAUGAUGUGGCCAUCCAGAGGGAGAGCUGUCUGGACCACGUGGAGACUCUGCUGGCCUCUGUGUACAAGAGGGAGGAGCUGGACUGUGUCUUCCAGCUCUGUGCACUGCAGAAAAUUCAGACAGAUGUGGUCCUGCAGUUGGAUCUGCAGUACACCCAGCCAAGCACAAACCAGAGGACUUGUGAAAGCCUGCAAACGACCCUGCAGAAAUCCCUGCUGAGGCAGCUGUUCAGCCAGGGGAAGGACUCCCAGGCAGCUCCGGCCAGCACAGGCAGCGUGUGCCCACAGGAUGCCCUGGGGCAGAGCACUGAGCCCAAGGGCCAGGGGUCCCUGAGCACAGGCUCUGGCCACAGCUUGCCCAGCAGCAACCCCUCCAACUUCAGCAGCGAGCCCGAGGAGAACGAUGAGAGCGAGCUGGGCCAGCUCUGCUCGGCGCUGCCUCAGGCUGGCCCGGGGCAGGACAGGCCCUGAGCCUCGGCCUGGGGAGCUGCUCUUUUCACUGAGGCCUCCGUUUGAGUGCUAAAUCUGUCGGAGUCCAUCAGCUGCUUCCCAGCCUUGGCAUAGCCCUGUCUGAAUGAGGCCAAGGCUGCUUUUUUGGAAAGGUUUCUCCUAUCUGUGCUCUGCGGGGUGCAGGGCCUCAGUUCCCACUGGGAAUGUUCCCUGUCCCGUGGGAGCGUUGGGAUCAGCAAGGAGUCAUUGUGGUGUCUGGCAGGGGACACAGCCACCCACCAGUCAUAACACUGCCAGGAAAAAAUGGUGUUGCUGCAAGGCAAGGGCUCAGGCUGACGUUUUCUGCCUGGAAACAAAAGUUGCUGCAUUGAGAAGCCCGCAAACACUACAGACCCCUCUGGCUCAAAUCCCAGCCGUGACUGCUGGAUCUCCCCAGCCUGUGCAAGGGACACGGGGCUGCACUGAGGGAACAGGUGAAACAGUGUGGGCUCUCCACGGGGUCCCAGUGUGGCUUCCUUGCCAUGCCUGUGUCAAAGCAGGUGUUAAAUUAUGCAUUUAUAUAUUUCUGAAGCAUGUAUUUAUAACGGGGCGGGGGGGAGGCAGUAGCUUGCCAGGAAAAGGAAGGUCAGAUGUUCCAUCCAGUGUGAGUUUACAUUGGAGGCUGGUGUUGCACUGGGCCAGGAAUAGUGUCCAGGCAGGUGCACUGACACCUGCCCCUUCCAGAGUGGUACAGGGGCACUGGGGGGUGUUCAGCCCUCUGCACUUCCCAGUUCAUCUCAGGUGCAGAAUAUCCUACAGGACUGAGAAAGGAUAACUUCAAAAAAGUUAGUAUUAAUGCAGAUUGUUCUGGCUGUGUGCCUGUCUGUGCUGUGGGCAGCCUCAAGCACUAGAUGGAGAACCAGCUGUCCAGGGAGAGCCCCAGGUGAGCAGGGCCCAAAGGACAGCCUGGGUGGGCACAGGCCCCUCCCUGAUUGCUUCCCUAAUAAAUGUUUGAUUGCUCAGUGACCCUAGGGAAGUGUGGGGCUCCAUCCUUGGAGGAAAGUUCACUUUGGGCUGCAGAAGGUGCCAAUGACGUGAUCCAAGCUGGCUGAGGGCUGGACCAGAGACCACUGGAGAUCCCUUCUGGCUGCUGUGGUCCUGUGGAAGAGAGAGGUUGGAGGGCAGAACUUCUUGAGAUGUCAAGGGCAGCGGGGUGGGGAGAAUGCCUGAGCUGUCUUGCUUUAAAGCAAGAGGUUGGAGGCAGAACUUUCUCAGUUUUGCUCUCCUUCAGCAGUGAAGAUACAUCCCUGUCUGUGGUGUCAGUUGCAGCGUAGAAAAAUCUGAAAUGUUGCUUCCAGAUAAACCAUUCUACAAGUGCUGGAAACCUGUCCAAAGAGAACAGAGGAGGUGUUUAUUCUUCUCACAGUGAGUAGAGCCAAGGGAAAGAAGAGGGGCCCCAGCUGGCUGUGGACUAGAAAGUCUCCUAGCAAAAAAAAACUAAAGCUCAAAAAAAAAAAAAAUCAGAGGAUGUAGUUUAAAUAACGUGGGCUGAUAGAGAAGCUAAACCAGAAAAGAAUAAAUUAAUUUCAGGAUGGACCAAAGAUCAGCUCAACAGCAGCAGCCACUGGGGACAGGUCAGUGGGAAUGGCUCAGCAGGCAUUUGGGAGGAGCUGGGGCUCUCUUGCCUCUGAGGAUUAUUCACACCCUCCUGUGCUGUUGAGGCACUGAGGCACAGCUUGUUCCUGGCUCACAUUAUCAUGCCAGGUGUCAUCUAACGUGAAUGUUUAUCUCAUUCAAAGCAAGGCUGUUUAUUUUUUUCUGAAUAAAACACUAUUGGUGUUUUUAAUGCACAAAGCUUCGCAUGGCUCUGAGUUAACUCUGUUUAUUUUCCCUCUAAUUGCCAGGAUGUAACUUAAUAUUGAUCUGCUGGGGUUUCAUGCUUCCAGCCUGAGCUUCUAGGCUCUUCUGGGUGAGCAUUGUUUCUUUUUUUAGGU